CUGAAUCCCGUCUCUGUUAACUCUCCCCCUCCUCUCCCUCCCCUCUUCCUCCCCUCUUCCUCCCCUCUUCCUCCCCUCCUCUUCCUCCCCACAGAGAGCAGAGUCAUCCCAGAAGGAGCUCCGUAUGAAGAGGUUCCAGCCGCUCCCUACUGGCCGUACUCCACCUCCGACUUCUGGAACUACGUGGAGUACUUCCGCUCCAUCGGGGCCUACAGCCAGAUCAACGAGAUGGCCCGGGCCUUCUUCGCCCACCAGCACCUGGGGGACACUCUGGGGUACCAGACCCAGUCCGGCCACGAGCACUGAGACGGGACGAGGAGGAGGGAGAACCAAGAGCAGAAUGCAUAACUUAAAAAAACAAACAAAAAAAAUUCUGUUUCUUGAUAUAUAGUUGUUCGUAGCAUAGCCAUGCAUAGAGACUACAGGUAGAGCAUAUAGCUGUGUUGUAGGGCUUUAUAAUCUACUCAUUUAAUGUAAUAAAAAGAAUAAAAACAUUUGACGAUAAGGA